AUGGAAAUUCUACACGGUGGUUCUCUUCCUUCUCAUCCUUUUCCUUCUAGUCCCUUUCCCGACACUUGUUUCCUUCACCUUUCACCACAUAACCGCAACUUCUUCCCAUUACCCAAAUCUAAAUUUCGAGUUUCUACGCCUAGGAUUAUUGGUUUCAAACACUCAACUGUCUCAAAUCACAUACACCCACAAACCCUUCUCCCUUCAUUUGUUGAUACUCUGACCAAUUCUCCUACUGAGAUUGGUGACUCUAUUUCUCUACUGAACCGAUGCAGCACACUGUCUGAAUUCCGGCAAGUCCAUGCCCGGAUUGUGAAAUUAAAUGCUUUAAAAUGGAAGAGUUCUAUUGGAAAUAAGCUGGUAGUACUCUAUUGCAAGAAUCAGUGGUCGCUGGAAGAUGCUCGAAAGUUGUUUGAUGAAAUUCCCAACAGAACAGUACCUGCUUUUGCUGCAUUGAUCAGAUCAUAUUCUCGGUCUGAACAGUGGGAUGAACUUUUUUCCGUGUUUCGGUUGAUGGUUUAUGAGGGGAUGCUCCCUGAUAAAUAUCUUGUGCCCACGAUUCUAAAAGCAUGCUCAGCUAUGCUGUUAUUGAGGAUUGGUAAAAUGGUUCAUGGGUUUGUGAUAAGGAAAAGUGUAGAGUCAGAUGUUUUUGUUGGGAAUGCACUCAUUCACUUGUAUUCAAAUUGUGGGGAUUUGGGAUCUUCAAGAAGUGUUUUUCACUCCAUGCAGGAAAGAGAUGUAGUUUCAUGGACUGCCCUAAUUUCUGCUUACAUGGAGGAAGGUCUUCUGGAUGAGGCAAAACAUAUAUUUCAUUUGAUGCAGUUGGAUGGAGUUAAGCCUGAUUUAAUUUCUUGGAGUGCACUUUUAUCGGGCUUUGCUCGGAAUGGAGAGAUUGAUUUGGCUCUUGAAACUUUGGAGGAAAUGCCAGAGAGGGGGCUGCAGCCAACCGUUAAUUCUUGGAAUGGGAUUAUCUCAGGUUGUGUUCAAAAUGGAUAUCUGGACGAUGCUUUGGAUAUGUUUUCUAGGAUGCUAUGGUAUCCUGAGGAUCCAAACAUCAUAACGAUUGCAAGCAUCUUACCAGCUUGUACGGGUUUGAAAGCUUUGUGUUUAGGAAAGGCAAUUCAUGGAAUUGCCCUUAAACAUGGAAUUGUUGGGAAUGUUUAUGUGGAGGGAUCGGUAAUUGAUAUGUAUUCAAAAUGUGGGAGCUAUGAUUAUGCAGAGAAGGUUUUUGUUAAGGCAGAGAACAAAAAUACAGCCAUGUGGAACGAGAUGAUUGCAGCUUAUGUAAAUGAGGGAAAGGUGGAGGAUGCAUUAGGCCUUCUUAGAUCAAUGCAAAAGGAUGGAUGGAAACCUGAUGUAAUUACCUACAACACUAUACUUUCUGGGCAUGCAAGAAAUGGGCUUAAGACACAGGCAUCUGAGUUAUUGUCUGAGAUGGUCCAGAUGGGUUUAAAGCCAAAUGUUGUUUCAUUUAACGUCCUAAUAUCUGGUUUUCAACAAUCUGGGCUAAGUUACGAAGCUUUGAAGGUGUUCCGGAUCAUGCAAUCACCUUCUGAUGGUUGCAAUCCUAAUGAAGUUCUAAAUUUGUCAAUGAGACCUAACCCCAUCACUAUUACUGGUGCUCUUCCAGCUUGUGCCGACUUAAACUUAUGGCGCCAAGGGAAAGAAAUCCAUGGAUACACUUUGAGGAAUGGUUUUGAGCCCAAUAUCUUUGUUUCAAGUGCAUUGGUUGACAUGUAUGCAAAGUGCCAUGACAUGGAUUCAGCAAAUAAGGUAUUCUUCAGAAUUGACGGUAGAAACACAGUUUCCUGGAAUGCUUUAAUGGCGGGCUAUAUUAACAAUAAGCAGCCAGAAGAGGCUCUUAAACUCUUUCUUGAAAUGUUGGGAGAAGGCCUUCAGCCUAGCUCAAUUACCUUCAUGAUACUUUUCCCUGCUUGUGGUGAUAUAGCAGCCAUAAGAUUUGGGCGAGGAUUACAUGGCUAUGCUGCUAAGUGUCAAUUGGACGAGUUGAAAAAUGCCAUUGCAAGUGCUUUAAUAGACAUGUAUGCAAAGUGUGGUAGCAUUUUGGAUGCGAAAUCAGUGUUCGACUCUGAAGUUGAAAAAGAUGUGCCUCUAUGGAAUGCCAUGAUCUCUGCCUUUUCAGUUCAUGGGAUGGCCAGGAAUGCUUUUGCCGUGUUUGAACAAAUGGAAUUAUUGGGAAUUCUACCUGACCAUAUUACCUUUGUUUCACUUCUUUCAGCUUGUGCUCGAGAUGGGUUGGUAGAGGAAGGGUGGAAAUAUUUCAAUUCAAUGGAGAUAUCCUAUGGGGUUGCUGCUACUUUGGAACAUUAUACAUGCAUGGUUGGCAUUUUAGGUGGUGCCGGUUUACUAGAUGAGGCUCUUGACUUCAUUAGACAAAUGCCAUAUCCUCCUGAUGCUUGUAUGUGGGCUACUCUUUUACAAGCUUGCAGAGUUCAUUCAAAUCCAGAAAUAGGUGAAAGAGCUGCAAAAGCUCUUUUUGAGCUUGAACCAGAUAAUGCUACUAACUAUAUGCUCCUGUCCAAUAUCUAUGUCUCAUCAGGGAUGUGGGACUUCGCAAAGAACUUGAGGAGUUUUAUGAGGGGCCGUAAGUUGUUAACUAUAAAGGAGUGCAGCUAUUUAACCGUUGGUUCACAUAUAUGCACAUUUAAAGGGGGAGAAAGCUCUCAUCCAGAGUUGGAGGAAAUUCUAGAGACAUGGGACAAAUUGGCCAGGAAAAUGGAGCUUUCUGGGUAUUUUCCUCUUGAUCCUGUUUUUGAUGAUGAAGAAAAAGAGCUGGAUCCAUUCUCUUGCCUACACACUGAAAAGUUGGCUAUAUGUUUGGGCAUCAUCUCAUCAAAUGCUUACCGUCCCGUCCAUGUCUCAAAGAAUAUAAGGAUGUGUAUCGACUGUCAUACAUCAGCUAAACUCAUAUCUAAAAUUGAUGGAAGGGAAAUCUUUGUGAAGGAUGUGUGCUUUUAUCACCAUAUGAAGGACGGGAUAUGCAGCUGCCAGGAUAGGUGGUGA